CAUGUCGGGCCGGGAAGGUGGCAAAAAGAAGCCCCUGAAACAGCCCAAGAAGCAGACUAAGGAAAUGGACGAGGAAGAUAAGGCUUUCAAGCAGAAACAAAAAGAGGAGCAGAAGAAACUCGAGGAGCUAAAAGCCAAGGCCGCGGGGAAGGGACCCCUGGCCACAGGUGGAAUUAAGAAAUCUGGCAAAAAGUAAGCUGUUCCUCAUAUCUUGAGAUGAUGGUGACCCUCUUCCAUUCCUAUUUAAAUAUCUGGAUUCCCUGCCAUAACAUCUUUGCCAUCUACAGCUAGAAUGAAGUGUUAUCCUGGAGCCUGUUAAACAUCUGGAUUCCCUCC